AUGGCGCUGACCCAUCAGCCCACAGUUUUACUACUACUGUUGUGUGGAUGGACAGUGUCAACAUCAACAAGACAACCGGAUGACACAAAGCAAUGCGUUUCCCAGACAGAGUCAUCCUCUUUGACUUAUCUAGUGGACACUACUGGUUCCAUGGGUGAUGACCUUGAGCAGUUAAAAUUGGUCAACAGUUGGCUCCUUGACAGAGUUUUGCAGCGAUUCCCGUGUGGCGUGAGGCAGUACACCAUGGUGCAGUUUAAUGAUCCAGCUGUUGGGCCUGUAAAAUAUAGUGACUCAAAAUCUGAAUUUGGAGACUUCUUCAAUAAUAUUAAGGUGUAUGGAGGAGGAGAUUGCCCAGAAUUGGCUGUUGCUGGACUGGAACUAGCCCUGAAAUCUUCACCCCCAAAUUCAUUCAUUCUGGUCCUGACGGAUGCUUCUGCUAAAGAUUACUAUAAUGCAGCCCUAGUAAAUGACGUCUACUCACUCAUUGCCGAAAAGAAAUCACAGGUGUACUUUUUGAUUACCGGUCUUUGUUCUGGGAUAAAUUCACCUGAUUUUUUAAUAUACAGAGACAUUGCACAAAAGAGCUUUGGACAUGUAUUUCAAGUUAGUCUCCCAGAACUAGGAAAAGUGAUGUAUUAUUUGGACUUUACACUUUCCAAGCCUGUUAACCGCUCCACACGACUGUUCUCUCAAGAAUAUAAUAAGGGAAUCCAUGAUGACAGUUUUCCAGUUUCAGAUAACUUAACUGAACUAAUAGUGACCACAGAUGGAGACAUUCACUCAACAAAGCUAACUGGACCAAAUAAUGCUGGUGUUGAGACACAAGUCAUUGUAUCUGAACCUUGGGGAUCCAUGCAUCUUGUGAAAAAUCCUGCUCCUGGAAAUUGGAAAAUGAAUGUGACUGCUGGGGGUCCAGGUUCUGUGCGCGUGGAGGGCUUUGAAGCUUCCAAUUAUUCUGUGACAGUAAAUUGCUCAGAGUGUCACCAAGACGCUACGUGUGAAAAACAUCUUAAUAUCCAACAGUGUUCCUGCAAUGAUGGUUUUAUUGGAGAUGGACUCACAUGCUCUGAUAUCGAUGAAUGCGAGUACACUUGGUCCAACAAUUGCUCUUCACCUUUUAGUGUCUGUACAAACACGUUUGGUUCAUACAGAUGUGACUGCAUUAAUGGAUACACCAAAAACUCAUGGAAUGAAUGUAUUGACAUAAAUGAAUGCUUGCACUCCAACCACAAGAAAUGUGAUGGUAUAGCCAAAUGUAUAAAAAUCAAUGGUAACUGGUCCUGUUCAUGCCCACCUGGCUAUUAUGGAGAUGGGUUCCAUUGUGAGAUUGAUGAAUGCACAACCAAUGUUUGUGGACAAGGGGUGGAGUGUAUCAAACAAAAGGGGUCCUAUAAAUGUUUAGAUCCAUGUUUCAACCAUACUGUUCUUGAAGAACCAUGGAGGAGCACAUCCAGCUCAGAGGAUAUUUAUUAUUGCGUCAUUGAUAAAUUUGGGUGGUAUCGAUUCAUAGGCAGCGGAGGAAUUCGCAUGUCAGAAGUCUGUGUACCAGAAGAUAGCUGUGGCACUGACGUUCCAAUGUGGAUAAGUGGUACACACCCUAUACUCUCUGAUGGAAUUGUAAACCGUACAGCAUGCGCUCACUGGAAGGAUAACUGUUGUUAUACAUCAACCACAGUUCAGAUUAAGGCUUGUCCAGGUGGAUACCAUAUCUAUAAUCUACACGGAACUCCAUUUUGCAGAGUUGCUUAUUGUACAGAAGCCUCUUUCAAUAAUGACUAUGACUACUACUAUACAAGACAUGAAAUAGUUGGUACAUUAGAAAUAUGA